AUGUCGCCGCCAACACCAAGACCCGUCGUGCUAAUUGGCAACACCGCACGAUUUGCCAAGUUUGUCGUACCAAAGCUUUUGCCCGAGUACGAUGUCGUCCACUUCACUAGCGACGUUGAACAGGCCAAGCAGGAACUGACCACAAUCCUGGAAGGAGGCGAGCCACCGCGUGAUUCGAAUCAUGUCGCUUCUGCAAACUUCUCGCAACUACCCAAGCAUAUCAUCUUUGGCAAGGGCUUUCAACUUCCAGAGCUGCUGCGAGUUCGCGAGUCUGCUGGAAACGAGGAGUCCGGGUUGUGUUGGUACUACGCACCCCUGAAGGAGGGAGAGGUUAUUAAGAGAGACAUCAGCGAUGUCACUGAUAGUAUGAUUGAUAUGCAGACUGAUAAGAUUGUGGCGAACAUGAAGCGCGUGUUGGGAGAAGUUAUCAAUGAGGGCAAGGAGGGUGUUGAUGGUAUUCACAAGUUGUAG